AUGGAGGAAGACCAUGUCCAGGAGUGCUCAGCUGCGAGCUUCCUGACCUCGAAUGAGUUCAAUUUACUGCUAGACGAGAUCACAGCCCGCUGCAACAGACAGACAAAGGAGAUCAACAAAUGGCUUCUCUACACCCAAGAUUUCAAACGGACUAUUGCCGAUACGUUGGAGCAGGAGAGCCUCAAGAAACAAGGCGCUGAUAUCAGAGCUAUGUGGCCACUCAGAACUCCCAGAACUCCCCGAACCCCCAGAACACCGAAAACAUUGAAACCAAACCAAAUGCCUAAUUAA